CCCGUCAGAGAGCGCCUUUAUUUUGCCAGCUGUCGGUAUCACUGCUGAUUUUUUAAUCUGUUUUUCAGCAUGGCAGCGAACGAGAAACGGGAUUUGGUCCAUCAAAACGCUAUUCACGUUGAGACGAUCCGGAAAGAGCAAAGACACCAGAAACUCCACACGGAAUUCAGCAUCAACCCAUACAGGAAAUUGCAUGUCCUGCCAGACAAACCCAUGUCUAGGAAACCAACAGAAGUGAUUGCAGACAACACUGACUUUAUCGAGGCCUUCCACAAGGCGCGCCAGGAGCCUACCAAGAAAUAUAAAAUGCCACAGACUGAGAAUCAGGAGAUAGGAUGGGUGUCAACUCCACUGAUCCCAUCAAACCGCAGCGACAAGAGAUUCAAUUUCUACAGAGUCAUCUCGGACAUCACCGGACACAAAGAAUCUGCUCUGCGUUCAUCAAAUUAGACCAAGACAGAAAGAAUGUAAAUCUAGAAAAAGUGAGCAGCUAUGUUCAGAUUUUUUAAUCAUACAAAGUUGUCAUCGCCAGAAGCUGCCCUUUUUCAUUUCCAUCUUAGCAAGCUAAGAAAAACACUUGCAGGGGAAACAUUUACACAGGUCUAUACGAAGCACACUUGUCCAUCGCAUACUUAUCAUAUUAAUGUGGGGAAAGGGCAAAACUAACAGCUGCUCAAUAUUAUAAAAUGUCAUGUCACAUGGGAGAGAAAUGAGUCAAGGAGCUGAGCUAGAAAAAAGAAGACACUAAACACUCUGGAGCACACAGCAUAAAUUAGAUGGCAAGAAGGUUGGUGUAGAUAUUGAGGUGUGAUCACGGAAAGUUGCUUUAAAACCACUUUAUCAAAUAGGUAUAGAGAGACAUAAUUAUGUCCAUAGAACAUAAAAACUGGUCUAUAAUAAAGAACAGACUUUUAUUUCCGUAACAUUCAGAUACUCUUUUUUUUGGAACACUACUUUGUGGUUUGGGUAGCUCUAUGUAGUCCACUCUUGGGUUUACCAUUUCUGCACCCGUCAUGUCCUUCAUACGGCUUCCUAUAUGUAGAUGGCAGAAGGUGUCUCUGUCUGUGGCUUGAAGGGUCCCUCCAUAUCAAUCCAGACAUUUACUGAAGGCAUAUAGUACAAAAAGUGUAGAAUAAAAGCCCAUGUUCUCCUAAAUGGCUCCUGAAGUAUAUGGAUGAGAGACUGGGGAGCAAGUGGGCAGAUCCUGCCUAGAAGAAAGGUUUAAAUCCAACCUAUUGACCUGCCUGUGACAGUUUUUAUGAGCGAGACUUCAUCUUCUUGCGUACCGACUUGCCUGGGCGUUUCUGAAAAACAAAAUGGAAAAAACUGAGCUUCUCUCAAUAAAGAGCACUAUGUUUUGUUAAAUAAUUUUCUUUGGCAAAUUGUCAACAUUUAUUAAAUCAAGUCAGCAGUG